AUGCCUCCAUUUCUCCCCCGCAAACGUCUGCGAUCAGUUUCUCCAGAGGCUGGUCCCUCGAACCCAAUUUCCAGAAACAGUGGCAAGGCUAACGUUUCCGCUUCAACCACUCCUCGAAAACCAACCCUCUUCGACGACCUAGAUGCUGGAACUGGCUCGAAACGUAGCGCCGAACACAAGAAAGCAAUACUUGAGAAGCUGGCUGCUAGUGACGAUGUUGAAAGCUCACUCUCUUCCCUUUCUGACGAGGAAUUCGAAGACGUGCCCCCUGCGAAACGACAAAAGACGAAUGAAGACUCGGAGGAUGAGGACGAAGAUAUCGAGUUCGAAGAUGUCGAGACGAAUCCUGUCCCAAGACCUGCCGGACCCGAGCCUUCAGGUGAUCUCGAAUUAACUUUGACAAAAGAUACCCGCGUAUCAAUCACAAAUCCAUUUGGGACAAAGAAAGGACCGAGCAAGAUUGAGAGGGGAAUAAGGGUCGCAACACAUCAAGCACAUGUCCAGUUGCUGAUGUUUCAUAAUGCCGUCCGGAAUGCUUGGUGUUGUGAUAAGGAGCUACAGGAGAUUCUGGUGGGGCAUUUGAGUCCGAUCGUGGUCCAGGAAGUCGAGAAAUGGAAGCGGAGUAGCGGGCUUGCUUUGAAGAGCGACAAGAAGGAGGAGAUACUAAAGGGCAAGGGAAAGGGCAAAGCGAAAGCUACCAAGGCUAAGAGCAUAGAGCCAAGGAACCAGAGGGACUGGGGAGAACCUGCCCAAAGACUUGCUGAAGGCCAGGUCAACAUGAGCAGCGGAGAUCCUAUUUUCAGACUGCUGAGGGUUCUCAUCAGUUUUUGGAAACAAAGAUUCAGAAUCUCCGCACCAGGGUUAAGAAAACUGGGAUAUAUGUCUUUGCAAAAGCUGGACGAGGAAAUAAAGUGUUUUAGAGAAGAAGAACAUGAUCCUGAGCGUCACGGAGAGCGAAUUAGGAAUGUCAAUGAGUUCCGAGAAUGUGCGAGAUCCAUGGAGGGGAGCCGAGAUGUUGGAUCCCAGCUUUUUACUGCCCUCUUGCGAGGACUCGGCAUCGAAGCUCGGCUUGUUGCAAACUUGCAGCCGGUGGGGUUUGGAUGGUCUCAAGUCGAGGAAGCUGUCGAGAAGAACCCUCGAGUUUUGAAAAAGUCGAAGAUAGCCAAGCCUUCUGAGGAUUCAUCCGAUGAUAGCAGCUCCAGUGAGGAGGAGGACACGUCGAAAGCCCAAAAUAAAGGUAAAGCUCCAGUCACGGCUGCGAAAACUCCAAAGCAGGUCCAAAACACUAGCAGAAGAGGUCCAAGAGCAAGCGGCCGUCAAGAUGCCCCUAUAUCAUUGUCUGAUUCAGAGAGCGAUGAGGAGUCCGUUAUUGAUGUCACACCUGCAAAACGUGCAGGACGGCCUUCAUUGCCUUACGACAAAGAUCUCAUUCAUCCUCAUUACUGGACCGAGGUGCUCUCACCAGCCACCAACACAUAUAUCCCAGUGGAUCCCAUAGUUCUUCAGAUUGCUGCCACGAAUGAUAAGAUGCUCGAGAGAUUUGAAACUCGAGGAGCAAAAUCCGAGAAAGCUAAACAGGUUACAGCGUAUAUUGUCGGCCAUUCAGAGGACGGCACUGCAAAAGACGUUACAACACGGUAUCUCAAGCGCCAUGUUUGGCCAGGUAGAACAAAGGGCAAUCGUUUUCCAAUCGAGAAAGUCCCAAUCUACAAUCGGCAUGGGAAGGUCAAGCGGUACGAGCAGAAAGACUGGUUUAAGCAAGUGAUGAGUGGCUAUGUCCGCGGAACCAAGAGCUGCCCAAGAACAGACAUCGAUGAUCACGAAGAAGCAACCGACCUCAAGCCCGUCAAACCCGAAAAGAAGGAGAUUGAGGAGGGCAAGGAGACACUUCAGUACUACAAAACCUCUCCAGACUUUGUGCUUGAACGACAUUUCAAAAGAGAAGAGGCAUUACUCCCAAAUGCCAAGCAUGUCAAAAUGUUCACAGUUAAAGGUAAAGGAGACACAAGCACCGAAGAGAAGGUAUUUCGUCGGAAGGAUGUGGUCAACUGCAAAACGAUGGAAACCUGGCACAAAGAAGGUCGGGCUCCAAAACCGGGUGAAGAGCCAUUGAAACGAGUCCCAUACAGAGCAGCAACUACCAACCGCCGUCGCGAACUUGCUGAAGCAGAAAAUGCCACCGGUGAAAAGGUUCUCCAAGGACUCUACAGCCGUGAUCAGACAGAUUGGAUCAUUCCGCCACCCAUCGAGAACGGAAUUAUUCCCAAAAACGCGUUCGGGAACAUCGAUUUGUAUGUUGACUCGAUGCUUCCGGAAGGAGCCGUCCACAUUCCCGCUCGUGGAACUGUCAAAAUCUGCAAGCGAUUGGGCAUUGACUAUGCGGAAGCUGUUGUAGGGUUCGAGUUUGGCCAUCGAAUGGCUGUCCCCAUUAUUAAUGGCGUAGUUGUGGCUGAAGAGCAUUACGAUACAAUGAUGGAGGAAUGGCAUAAAGAUGAGGCUGAGCGAGUUCGGAAGGAGGAUGAGAAAUCUCGUAAGCUCGUGCUACACACUUGGCGCAAGAUGCUCAUGGGGUUGCGGAUCGUGGAGAGGGUCAAUGAGGAAUUUGGUGCCGCUGAUGCAAGCGCUGAUGUUCUGAACCCUUGGAUUAGCAAGAAGAAAAAGGCUGCGGACGAUAUGGAUGCAGAAGCACAGAAGCGCAUCAUGGACCGGAAUGACGAGGAUAUGGCAGGCGGGUUCUUGCCAGAAGGCUUUGAUGCCGAGGAGCCUGAUGAUCACCACAGAGGAGCUUUCUUUCCAGUUGCUCAUGAAGAGGAUGGAGAUGAUGGAGGAGGUGGCUUCGUAGUGGAAGGUCAUGAUGUUGUGCCUGCCGAGCCCAAAAUCGGGCAAGCCUACGCCACACCGCAAUCGCUUGAGUUUACUGCAAAGAGCGGGACUGCCACAGCGUCAGACGAGGACAUCGAGAUGGGAGAUGCACUAGAAGCACCGGAACCGGCUCAAAGGAAGCGAGGACGACCACCAGGCCCUGUUAACAAGACCAGCCAGCCAGCCGCCAAAAUACCGGCUAAGCGAGCUGCUCCAUCAAAGAAAGUAGCAGCCAAACGUAACGGAAAACAAAGAUGGCAAGCUCAAGACUCAGAGAAAGACGAUGAUGAUGAGACAUCACCACUCUCGUCUCUAUCGUCGGACGAUUCAGACUCGGGAGUUGUGGAACAGCCUAAGAAGGUAGCAGUGAAUAAGCGAGGCAGGAGAGCAACUUUGCCUCCAAAGACAGUUGUGACCCCGAGGAAGACACCGAGGAGGCAAGCCGCUAGGAAGAGUGAGACGGCUUUGAGGUCGCAUUACUUUGAGCAUGAUGAUGAUGAGGAAGAUGAUGGCUGA